UGCCAAGGGAGUCUCAAAUUGAAUUACAUCAUUAUUCGUAUAGGUGCAGUUGGUGUUCAUGGAGUGGCGCAUGAAGGAAGGAACUAUUAGGUAACUCCUGCAACUGAAUUGACCAUUUCUACCAUUCGAAAGCACCUGUUUCUUCCAUCAGCAUUCUAACUGCUUUCCCAUCUCCUGCUCCUGCAAUUGAAGCCAUGCAACUUCUCUGUAAUGUAAGCAACUUGCGGUCACCGGGUCAAAGGUUUCGUCACGGUCCCGACGACAGGGUUUCCCGUUCCAGGAACCUUUUACUUCGCAAACAAACUAUUCCUGUGUUUUUACUCGCUGGAUAGGCUGCAUUGGGAUCAUUAUAAUAUUAUGUGGUCCUGGAAACACGUGAAUUUUCAAUUCAUUAUUUGUCUAGAAUCAUGUUAUUACUAUGUAUAUCACCUGUAUCAUUGUACUUUACUAGUAGUGCUCGCGCUCGGGUCACAGACAGGGAUCAUUUAUCGGAAUGUGUGAGUGGAGAUUUUCCUAUUUCCUAUGCUGUAAUGUACGAGUUGGUCUAUAAAUACGAGACUCUCCUCUAGCAAACAACACCUCCCACGAGAGGACUACAUGCUAUAGACCACCAACUAGAGCCAAAGUAUAGUUGAAACCUAAGGCUAUACGAAUCAUGAACAUCAGUCACCUUCUUGUUCUCUUCGCUCUAGUAGCGGUUCUCAACCUUGAGUUGAAUGUUCAAGUUGCUUUUGGAGGGAAACCGUCCUUGUCCAAAGAUUGUGCAGAUGACGGGGCCGGGAGUAGUACAAUAAGACCCGGGGCGUACGCAUCCAGCUGCCCCGAGGCAGAAGCCAUCAUCUUCGCGAGGGUGGAGGAGGCGGUCUUCGAGGACCCUCGAAUGGCCGCAUCUCUGCUACGACUCCACUUCCACGAUUGCUUCGUUAAUGGAUGUGAUGCUUCGAUUCUGUUAGACGACACGGACAACUUUGUAGGAGAAAAGACAGCAGGCCCAAACUUGAACUCUAUUAGGGGCUUCGAGGUGAUCGACUUUAUCAAAGCUGACCUCGAGUUCGUUUGCCCGAAAACCGUCUCCUGCGCUGAUAUUCUUGCCAUUGCCGCCAGAGAUUCUGUUCUCCUGUCAGGCGGACCGGGUUGGGAAGUCGAGACUGGAAGAAGGGACAGUCUCGGUGCGAGCAAGGAGGACGCAAACAACAACAUCCCAGGGCCCAACUCGAAUGUACAAACUCUAACUGCCAAAUUCCAGAAGGUUGGGCUUGCCCUCGACGACAUGGUCGCUCUCUCCGGGGCCCACACCAUUGGAAAGGCUCGGUGCUCGACAUUCGCUUCUCGCCUCAACGGAAAUCCUAGCCUGGACGGUGCAGAGAUCAACUACGGGUUCCUCCUCUCGCUUCAGCUGUUGUGCUCCAAUUCUGAUAAUAACUCGACUUUAGCAGAACUCGACCUCGUGACCCCAGCAACGUUCGAUAACCAGUACUAUGUUAACCUUCUCUCAGGAGAGGGCCUGCUGUCCUCUGAUCAGGUCCUAGUGACCGGGGACGACGGAAUACGGAGAACCGUUGAAUCGUACGUGGAAGACCCUAUGACCUUCUUCGAGGACUUUGCAAGGUCUAUGCUGAGGAUGGGCAGGCUGGGGCCGCUGACAGGGAGUGAUGGCGAAAUUCGGACCAAUUGUAGGACUGUCAACUAAGAGUUCAGUUAACUCAGUAUCAGUAAGAAAACA